AUGUAUAUCGCGUACGGAUGGCCGAAGGUUCUCAGAACGACUCGCGGUCCCGACGAUCCAGUCGUUCACCUGGAGAUCAGCGGAGGGCUGCUGAUCGUGGUUCACCUCUCCUGCAUUCAACUAUGGACCUCCGGCCAGCACCGCGUGAAGCUGGGCGAGUUCGUGCGAGAUGACAAGUCUCUCCUAGAAGACGGUGGGAACCUGCACGCCAUAUGGAACGAAGCCGUCGAAACGCUCGCCGUGCUGACGGCGGGCAGCGUGCUACAUUUCUACGAUGUGCGCACCACGCCCAAGCCGCUGCGCCUCGUGUCGCCAGACUCGCCGCCCUCUCUGCUCGCCCUCAAGUUCCGCUCCUCCACGCGCGUGCCUCUCUUCGGGGACAACGUCUCCAUGUACGUACCCCCUCCCCUCCUCACCCUCUUCCACACUGCCUUCCGCUCCUCCACUCGCAUGCCUCUCUUUGGGGACAACGUCUCCAUGUACGCACCCCCCCAUCUUCCCCCCCUUCCUCACCACCCCCCACCCCACCCUCCCCUCUCUCCCAACCCCCUCCCUCUCCCUCCCUCCCCUUCCACACUACUCUCUGAUUCGUUCAUGUGCGCGCCUCACACCGCCAUGCUCACCCAUCCCAACACCGUUUACCUCUGUGUACCACCCAACCCCUCUCCCCCUCUUCUCCCCCCCUCCCCCUCUUUCCCUCCUUCUGAUGGACGAGGACCACAUCCUGCUGAGGCUGUCUCCUCAUCCCGUUCCCCCCUUCUUCCUCCCGCUUCCGCUCUCCCCCCCUUCCGGGCAGCAAUGGCGUUCAACGGCAUGGUGGCAGACGAGGAUCACAUUCUGCUGGGGCUGUCCACUGGUCGCCUGCACCUCGUGUCCUGGCGCGGCCAGCUGCGGGGCACGGCGGACCUAUGGCGCAAGCACAGCAGGGAGGUGGUGGGACCCAUGUACGUGCCAGAAGCCAACGGUCUCCCCAGCACGCCCCACUCGCCGCGCUCCUCCCCACUCGCCCCAUCCUCCUCCUACCCCUACCCCGCCUCCCCGCCCCCCUCCUCCGCCGCCCCUCCCUCCACCCCCAACGGCCGCUCCAGCGGAGGAGCAGACACAGGGGGAGCAGGAGCAGGGGGAGCGGGAGCAGGAGGAGCAGGGGGAGGGGUGGCGCAGAUGGUAUAUUCCCCGGCGCUGCGGCUGAUAGCGGUGGUGCUGGUGGAUGGGCGCGUGGUGCUGUGCUCUACGGGCGAGAGGGGGCUGAGGCCAGUGGAGGAGGUCACGCCAGAGAAGUGGGUGGGCGUGGUGGACGCUGCCACUGUGGCUGUGGGCGAGAGGCAGCAGCUGCUGGCUGUGGGCAGCAGAAGGGGGACGGUUGAACUCUUUGAUCUGGCCAGGAGCUCUGCACACCUCAGGACUGUGUCUCUAUUCGACUGGGGGUGA